ACAUGGCUUACGCGAAAAUAUAUUAGCGGGCCACGAGCUAACCGAUGCUAACCGACGCUAACCGAAAAGCUGCAGCACGAGCUGCAGUUGCACGACGCCAGAAAAAAACAUUUCACCGACGAUUUUAGUUUCUUUAUUUCUGCAUGUGAAGUUUUGGGACAACGAGUAACUGAUUGACAGCUGCAGUCUCUUGUCGUCCUCUGUGUUUUUCUCGAGUGAACUAUAAUUUAAUUUGAAGUGUUUGUCCCUUCGGUGGCUGAAUCCCAAUUGGAUCCAGGUGACCAGUUGAGAUGGCGAACACGUUCCGGUUGGGCAGCACCACCGACUCCUGCAGGGCUGCUUCUGUGGCAAGAGCACAGCUGCCAGAGGAAACCGAGGAAAAAGGAAACAUGGACCCGGACAAACUCUUGCAGUGCCCCUUCGAUAAGAACCACCAGAUCAGAGUGUGUCGCUUCCCAUACCACCUUAUCAAGUGCAGGAAGAACCACCCGAAACUGGCCAGCGAGCUCAAGACCUGCCCCUUCAACGCCCGACACCUGGUGCCCAAACACGAGCUGACGUACCACACGGAGACCUGCGAGAACAGGAUAUCUGUGAACUCUGGUGAAGAUGGACAUUGUGGAUUGCAGGUUCCUGUCAGCACCUGGGUAAACCCAGACAUGACCGAGGACUGGGAUGAAGAGGCCGAUGAUGUCCCUUCCAAGUUUGUUUGGGGUGAAAGCCGGGUGUUGACAGCGGAGGAGAGGCCCACCAACAGCCUUGGUACGACAAUAAGAGCGCCGAAUACCUUCCCGUGGUUGGGAUUGAAGCAGUAAAUUUAAUCUUUUUAAAUUUGUUCUUAGUCAUUUUUCGAACCUUGAAAAGUUUUUAAUUUGUAGAAGUGUUUCUCGAAUUUUUCUCUUUGGAUUCAAGUUGCAGAGAUGUCAUUUUUUAAAACAAACACUAGAGUUACAUCUUAGCGGCAGAUACACACUAAAGCCUCAUUUUCUUUUCAGUUUUUUUUUUCUCCCUGUAUUGUGUUGCAUUAAUUCCUGUUACAAUAACAAAAUGUGUUGGUCGAAAAUUUUAGUUUUUAUACAUUAAAAAUCUUGGAUUUGAAAAUCA